AGUUACUAAUGUAGGCCGCGCAGCAGCGCCAUGGCGACCCUUUGUGGGCGCUGAGCGGCUACCGGGCUCCGAGCUGAGCGGCGGCGGGCCUGGCGGCGCAGGGCACAAUGUUUGCACGAGGACUGAAGAGGAAAUGUGUUGACCAGGAGGAAGACGGGGAGGGUGCCUUGGCUGGCUUUGGCACUGUUCCUGCCUAUAGCCUACAGCGACAGUCGCUCCUGGACAUGUCCCUGGUCAAGCUCCAACUCUGCCACAUGCUGGUAGAGCCCAACCUCUGCCGCUCAGUCCUCAUUGCCAACACAGUCCGACAGAUCCAGGAGGAGAUGAGCCGGGAUGGUGCGUGGCGAGGGGCAGCACCCCAGAGUGCAGAACGGGUGCCGCUUGACCGCCUUGUGUCCACGGAGAUCCUGUGUCGCACAGCAAGAGGGCCAGAGGCAGGGUGCCCUGCUCCUGACCUGGGAGAUGACCCCUUGCAAGGUCCAGUUUCUGAACUUUCCACAGUCAGCUCAGCACAGGUGCCAAGGAACACUCAGAGUAGCCUUUGGGAUACAGGCAACCCUCGAGAAAACAGAGGAAGCUUUCAGAAGUCUCUAGAUCAGAUAUUUGAGACCCUGGAGAACAAAAGUCCCAGCGCUGUGGAGGAGUUGUUCUCAGAUGUGGACAAUUCCUACUAUGACCUGGACACUGUGCUGACAGGAAUGAUGGGUGGCACUAAGCCAGGCCUCUGUGAUGGGCUCGAGGGCUUUGCCUCGGCAGCCUCACCUCCCGGCUCCAGCUGCAAGUCCGACCUGGCCGAACUGGACCAUGUGGUGGAGAUCCUAGUGGAAACCUGAGGCCCCCGGUGGGCCACGGAGAAGGCCACAUGCCCCAGAGAGCUUACCUGAUAUACUGUGGCCCAUGUAGAAACGCAGGGCACCAGUCCUGUGCAGAGUUCUCACCACUGCAGCCUGCGUCCUGGCCCUGUGGGGCAGUCUGUUGAUUCUGAGAGUGUCCUGGGACAGACUCAAUGGCUCCGGCUCUGGCAGCAGAGGCCGGGGCUGGGAGCUGGAGCUUUCUGAAGGCUCCUCAGCCCUGGGCUAGGUGGCAUCCUACAGCCCCAGGCCCUCCCUGUGCUUGCUGCACCUCCUGCGGAGAUGUCGAGCCACAGACUGCAUUCAACCAACCUCAUUAAAAUCUAGAUAGGUGAACUUUUAAAACUCAGUCUUAUACGUUUGGGGCAAUAUUUUGUCUUUUAAGAUAUAUUUUUUAAAAUGUUUUAUACUCUUAGAUUUUUGCAGCUAUUUUCUUAAAAGUCUAUUUUUUGUAUAAACAUCAUUUGCUGCUACAUUAGAAACUUGUAUAACCUGAAUAAUUGCAGUUUUGUAUUUCAUUGUUUGAAGGUUUAAAUGGUCAUUUCCCACACUCUGAUGCAGCAGCGUAAGUGUUCUGUUUUCUACUUUGGUUGUUCGCAGGACCUUAUGUCAUGUUCUGUGUUACAACAGAGGAUGCUUAAAAUGAGAACUACAUGCAAUUAGAACCCUCUUCAUUAGACCUGCUCUGAAACUGUAUCUUUUUAGACUUAGUGAAAAUAAUGGAGGGUUCUAUUUAUGCCUAUUUAUAUAUGUAAAUGCCACUGGAGGGGAAGGUUGGGUAUUUGUGUGAAAUUACAGGCACCAUUUGAUCUUAAGAGUCUGGUGUCUCAGCUGUGUCUUCCUUGAGGUGGUCACAGAGGGCACCUCCCAUCUGUUCCCAGCACAGUCCUAGCAGAGCUGCGUGCCCUUUUUAGAGCAUACACAUGGGCUGCUGUGUGCCAGGCAUGUGUGUUUGGAAAGAGCGUAUGCCUGUGUGCUGUUGGUAGAAAUGCUUACACCUGCUCUAUUAAAUUGGUGCUAGAACAGAAUUGUAAGGUUAAAUUUAAGUCCAGAAUGAAAGAACUCUGUAAUUCAUGUCCUCUCAAUCCGAAGGGUCACACAAUGAAGGGAGCUGGUGUGGCCCUGUGCCUGGCUGUCACAUCUCCAGAUCCUUGUUGCCUGCCAUACACGGGUUUCCUCGUGCCUCUUCUGACCUCCUAUCUCUGAGCCUGACAGGCAUGUGGUUUUCCUUUGUGCAUAUGACCAUAUUUGUUUGUAUCAACAUGACAGUGAUGGAUGUAAACCUCACUUUAUUAAAAAUAUCCAGCACACA